AUGGCCGCUUCACUUACCUUCCUCGCCCUCGCCCCACAAACCUUAUCUGCCCACCACCCUUCCUCAACGACCGCCGCCGCCGCCGGCGUCGGCCGCAGCGUCGUCUCCGCUCUCUUCGCCCCUUCUGUAAAACCUUUUCCCAAGCUCGUCCUCCCGCUUUCCUCCGCCGGCAUUCGCGCGAAUCCAGCUUCUGGGUUCUUGAGGAACGUCGCCGUUUCGUCCGAGCUGGAUGCGGAUUUGUCCGAGGACGAAGGGCUCGAUUUCUCCGCCGGCGAGCAGCCGAGAUUCUCGCCCGACUUGAAGCUUUUUGUCGGGAAUUUGCCGUUCAAUGUCGACAGCUCUGAGCUGGCUGGGUUGUUUGAGCAGGCUGGGAACGUCGAGAUGGUCGAGGUUAUAUACGACAAGGCUACUGGAAAAAGUAGAGGUUUUGGUUUCGUGACUAUGUCUACCGUCGAGGAAGUAGAAACUGCUGUACAACAAUUCCAUGGCUAUGAACUUCACGGCCGGAGUCUGAGGGUGAAUUCUGGGCCCCCACCUUCCAAGAGUGAAAGCUCUUCAUUCCGGGGGGCCCAAAGUGGUUAUGGGUCAGGGUCCAUUGACAGCAGCAACAGGGUUUAUGUGGGUAACCUUUCGUGGGGGGUCGAUAAUCUUGCUCUCGAAACAUUGUUUAGCGAGCAAGGGAAUGUGAAGGAGGCAAGUGUAGUUUACGACAGAGAGAGUGGGAGGUCUCGGGGUUUCGGUUUCGUGACAUAUAGUUCGUCAGCCGAGGUCAACAAGGCCAUUGAAUCCUUCGAUGGAAUGGAAUUUAAUGGAAGAUCUCUUCGAGUUAGCCGUGCUGAGGCCCGCCCGAGGCGCGAGUACUAG